AUAUAUUGGUUAUAUCGCCGAAAGCAGCACUUAUGGAUCUCCGUGCGAGCAGGCUGUUGAAGCGAAGGCUAGGAAACUGUCGUCCUCCUACACUAGAUGGGUUUUGGAAAGCAUGCAGGGAGGAUUGGAAUCAAAACAUCCAGUGUUAAAGAUUCUGGCGGAUAGGCUGAAAGCUGUCCCAGACAGUUACGUUUUAAAUCAUCUCAUACAUGAAGAUAUAGUUUUGGAUAAAGUAGAAUUUGGAAACAAAGUGCUCUUUACUUUCUACUCAGAAAUCCUAAAUGCAAUGGCCGAGAGGUUUUCCCGUAAGAAGAAGUGUGACUUCAUACUGUCAGAAAAUCGUCACUUCCCAAGAAUCUUAUCUUAUGCUGUUGGGAAACACCUCCCUAAAUGUUUUAUUGAUGCUUUAGAAUGGAAAAAUGGUGACAUUGUCAAAUUAACAAAAGAUGAGAACACUCAUCCACAAAGGGAGAACUUUGAAGUAUUCCUUCAGACUUUAAUUAGCCAAGUCCUUGAUCCAAAUUUUAUUUCAGAAAUCAUCAAAGAAAGUGAUGAGUACUUCCUCUCCCAUGUGAAGGGAAUAGAGAGAAUAACGACAGAUAAGAAAAAACUUCUGUUUCAGCAGGCGUCUUUGGAGCCAGAGCUUCUGCAGUGUGCGGAAAUGUAUCCGUGUGUUAAUGUAAUGCCCCGAAAAGAUGCCGAAUUGGUUAAGUGUCAGGUCUGCCAAAACGUAUCGAGCGACCAACUGGUGCAGUUCUACGGACAGGUCUACGAUCAAACUACUCUUGGUCACCGAAUUAAUCCAGAUAACACCAAGCCCAAAGUUACCCAGUUUUCUGUGUGUACCUCCUGCUCCCAGAAAGUUACGCUUUUCAGCCGACUCCACCAUCAGAAGUACAAUUUCUUCCUGAAGUGUCGAUUGAAGGUCAGUGCUGUACGUGGGGGUGAUGAUAAUAAGGAAUCUCACCUUAUUCUGGAGGAAUGUCUAGAAGAUAAUUCUUGGGUCAGCAGGAUGUUCACUGAAGUAGUGGAGAUGUGGAACGAGUGCGAGUGGCGGAGAUGACAGUAAGAGCUGUCUCCAUACAAUUUUUAAUGUACAGUCUCAUUGAACUAUACCAUUUGUACAGCCAGGAGUGUAAUGAAGAUUUUUCUCUGGGAAUUUCUUAAUUAAUUGUCUUUUUUUUUUUGCUCUGGAGAAGCUAUAGUUAGGUGUAUUUUUUCACAGGUUGGGAUCCCAAUUGUGCUGUAAUUUUACGUUUUGAUGUGGUACCAUGUCAACAACAACUUUUGUGAAGCUCGGUAGCUAUUAGGGAGUUAAAAUGCUGGCAUUUGCAAAUUCCUGUAAAACCUGAUGUGUAGAUUGUAAUAAUAAUUUAUAAUGGGUUUAUCAGAAAUUUUUUUUUUUUGUUUCAGGUACAGAAAAUAAAAAUUUAUUCAACGCACAAGUUCUUAGCCAUAUUUGUUUCGCUAAUAUUUUGUUAUUUUCCAAAUGCUAAUAUAAUAAAAUGUUGACUGGUAACAAACACGUACCAAACAUGAACAAUGUAAUUUUUUAGUACAACUUUCAGAAAAUUCCCAAACUAUAUUUUACAUUGUACAGUUCCGUUUGGAAAUAUAUUUACCUCAGAAACAAAACACUGGAAAUAUAGUUUGUGUUUUCCAAGUUUUGAACUAAAAGUUUUAUUAUUUAUCUGCAGUGUUCAUUCCCUCUUAAUCCAGAACUUAAGGGCUUGUUUCCUGUAAGCCAGUUCUCACCACUAAUAUUUGAUUUAUUUAUGUGGUGUGAAUCCACUUGUAUUUUUUGUUAGGAAAGCACGUGAUUAAACUGCAAGAUUUAUUCUUGAAAAUGUUGGAUAAAUGUUUAAUAUUAAGAUUUUCAGUUUAUUUUUGUUUCUGCCAGUAUAAAAAUGUUUUGUUUGUAAGUAUAAAACUAGUACAUCUUGUAUGGUGGGUAUGAAAGUGACAACAGUUAAAGUGUUCUUUGUAUCGUUUUUGUUUUUUAAAUUAUCGGAAGCAAAUGUGAAAAAGGAAUGAAUUUUUUGUACAUUGAUAUAACAAAUUGAACCCCUUUAGCUCAUCGUAUCAGUAUUAUGUUAUAUCACUGAUGGUAAAGGUGCAUAAGUUCCAGCGAGAUUCCUGGAAGGAUCAAAAUCCCAAUUUUUCCUUCUAUUACCCUUUGGUUAAGGAUUAAAACUAACAUAGCCAGCUUAUUAAAAUGAAAGUUUGGUAAAAAAAAAAAAUAUAUUUUCAUCAUUUUCAAUGUUUAUCCUACUCACUGUUAACGGAUGGACACAUUGAUGUUGUGCAUCCUGGUGUUUAAUAGUACCAAAUAGUUUUACGUGCAUAUACAAAUUAUUACUGGAAAUUGAAUGGAGUCUGAGGGCCUAUAAUGUUAAAAAUCAGGUUUCGUUACCCGUGGUGAGCGUAGCACAGAUAGCCCAUUGAGUAGUUUUGUGCUUAACAAAAAUCAAACCAAUAACUCUGGUGAAGAGAGCCCUCCAGUGGCCAGAGCAGAGAAAGCUUAUCGUGUAGGUUUUAUCUUAACAACAAUACAAACAAUUUUGAAUUAUUUCUUAUCUAAACUAUAAAAAUUUUGAUUAUUUUAACAGUGUAUGCAUCAUUUUCUGUUCUGUAACAUCCUUAUUUGUCUUUAUGUUCAUAAGUUUGUUUGAUUGAUUGUGUGCACACUUUAAAAGGUUUCAAACCAGAACUAUUAUUGGCUGAGUAUUUAAAAAUAGACAAUCACCAUUGUUUGUUUUUUAUUGUAAGACAAAGAUUCUCCACAUGUAUGCUUGAAUGUUUCGUUAUGGAUACUAGAAAAUAGUAUUGGUAGAUCAGUAAAGUUUGUACUACACCUGAGAUAGAUAAGUAACGUUUGUACUACACCUGAGAUAGAUCAGUAAAGUUUAUACUAUACCUGAGAUAGGUCAGUAAAGUUUAUACUACAUUAAUGACAGAUGAGUAAAGCUUGUAUUGCACCUGAGAUAGAUCUGUGAAGUUUGUACUACACCUGAGAUAGAUAAGUAACGUUUGUACUACACCUGAGAUAGAUCAGUAAAGUUUAUACUAUACCUGAGAUAGGUCAGUAAAGUUUAUACUACAUUAAUGACAGAUGAGUAAAGUUUGUAUUGCACCUGAGAUAGAUCUGUGAAGUUUGUACUACACCUAAGGUAGAGCAGUUAUGCUUGUACCGCAUCACAGGUAGAACUGUAGUACUUGAUUAGUUAAGUUUGCACAACAUCAGAGAUCUGUAGUACUUGAUCAAUUAGGUCAGUAAUACUUAAUCGGUUUACAUUACACUUGAAGUAAAUCAGUAAUACUUAAUCGGCUUACAGUACACUUUAAGUACAUCAUUAAUACUUAUCAGUUUACAGUAUGCUUUAAGUAAAUCAGUAAUACUUAAUCGGUUUACAGUACACUUUAAGUACAUCAUUAAUACUUAUCAGUUUACAUUACACUUGAAGUAAAUCAGUAAUACUUAAUCGGUUUACAUUACACUUGAAAUAAAUCAGUAAUACUUAAUCGGUUUACAGUAUACUUGAUCUUUUACAUCUUCACCACAUCUGAGGUAGGUCACAUUUUUGAAAAAAAAUUAGCAUAAAAAUUAGGAAAUUAGUUUCAACACUUCAUGUUGAUUCUUCAGUGCCUCCGAGAAGAAACUUACCUGCACAGGUUAGAUAAUACCCGAUUAUGAAAUUCCCAUGAAGACACACAUGAUUAGAAAACAGUUCAGUUUGAAGUAACCUUUCAGAAGUGUCGAAGUUCAGUACAAUUUUGAUAUUAUAACUUUCAACAAUUUUUAUGUAAUUUUCAGUUUUAUAUAUCAUUUGGGUUGCUUUCCAAUUCGUAGGGUGGUCAGUCUCUCUUGUAUGGGGAAAUAUUGUGUUAUUUAUAAUUUUAAUGUCUCUUUAUUAUCAGUAUACAAUAUGUACGAGGUUGGUCAGUAAUAGUUGAUCAGUUUACAGUAUGUACGAGGUUGGUCAGUAAUAGUUGAUCAGUUUACAGUAGGCACGAGGUAGGUCAGUAAUAGUUGAUCAGUUUACAGUAGGCACGAGGUAGGUCAGUAAUAGUUGAUCAGUUUACAAUAUGCACGAGGUAGGUCAGUAAUAGUUGAUCGGUUUACAGUACGCACGAGGUAGGUCAGUAAUAGUUGAUCAGUAUUUUUGAAGAACUAUUUAACUGAAAAAUGGUUUCAUUUAUAUAAGAAAAAGUGCAUGUAUCACAGUUUAGUUUUAUAUAUAUUAUAUCCUAAAAAUUUUUCAGAAAAUAAGUAUACAAGAACUUCAAAACAAACAUAUCUAGAGAUAAGUUUUUUGUGUAAUUCUUCUUAAAAAACCUCGAUUAUUACAAAAUAUAACGUAAGUGCCAUAAAGGUUUAGUGUUGUAGAAACGUUUCUUGGGUUUUCAGUUAGAAAGCAAAUGUUAUUACAGUGCAUCGAUACAAGCAAAAGUUUUCAAAUUUUCAGUGUAGUAACUAAUUGUAAUAGAAACUCUCUCUCACUUCUUUUUUUUUUUGCCAUGGAAAUUUGAUACCAUAAACGUCUGAGUGAUGUUUAAAACACGAUUAAUUAGUAACUCAGAGUAGAACUGGAGAAAAAAAGAGGGAAAUCUGGUUGCAUAUAUAGAUGCGGUUAUAGUUUACCGAGCAAUAUUUAGAAUUGACAAGUUGUAUCUCCUCUUUAACUGUACAACUUUUAAUUCCACAUUUAAGAACAUUUUUCUUUAGUUCUGUGUUGUGCUGAAGUUUUCCUUUUAUUGUUCAUCAUGUCCAGAAAUACUACUAUUGCAUCAUCAAGAAUAAAAAUGUAAUUAAAUUUACAUAUUUAACAGUUCUUUCAAAACUGCUUGAUAAUAUGGUGUAGCCAAAAGCAACGUUGGGCAGUCGCCUUAACGUUCUAUCUUUCUGACAUUUUUUACUUCGGUAUGGUAUUAUUAGAACACUAACAUUUUACGGGGGGAAAAAAAAAAAAGUCUUAAAAAUUGCAUUAUAUUUUGAAGAACACGACUUCUAGAAAAAGGAUAGAAAUACUGUAUUUUGAUUUAUAAUUAAAAUCUGAUUGGAAUCGAUACUAUGGAGAAUAAUAUUGCAAGUUUUGAUUUGGGUUAUAAAAAAAAAUAGGUUUGGAAAGUCCAGCAGUAAGGGAAUGGUUGUUAAAUUUUUAUACUGUUAAACAAGAUAUUCAUUGUGCAUAAGGCUACUUUAUCCAGUGAUCAGUACGGUGAUUUUGUAUAUAAAAAAAGUUGUGAAAGUAAUAUUAUACAUAUAUAUAUUUUGUCAUGCUUUAGGUGGUAGUACCUUUUUUUUUUUAAAUUGAAUUUGUGACACACCAAGCUGUUGCUGUAUGGUUUAGGUUUUAAAUAAUGAAUUUAAAACUUGUGGCUUUUAUCUAAAACAUUUAUGUACAUUAUUUUAACAUUUCUCUGGCAUGGGUGUAUUUGCUUUUAUUAUUAAACCUUGAAAAACGACUUAAUUUUUUAAGUUCAGUGAAAUUUUUUGUUAUGUUUAUAAUAAAUUGAAGUUUUUAAAAAAAGUCAAAAUAUGUAACUACUUGUAUGUUUGGGUGAAUGUGAAUGUUUGAAUUCCAGGUAUCAAACUGCCAGAAAAACAAACUCAUCUUUAGAGGAAGUGUUACCCCCUUUUUUUUUUAUUUUCUUCAAAUUGUAAAAUAUGUAAUAUUGAAGAAAGUGUUUUUAUCUAUAAAUAAAAAAAAAAGCGUUGCUGGUACCCUUAAGCUUGUUAUUUAUGUUUAAGCACAGUAUAGGAUGUGAAGUGUUUAGGUGAUGGCCCUCCUGUUACAAACAGAACUAUGUUUAUAGAUGUAGUGUUAGUACAUGCUAUCGUCAUUUGUGCAUAAUUUAUACAGUAAUGUAAGAGUUCGGCUUGUGUGUAUAAAUAUUUCUAGUUGUGCAUUUUAUCAGAAUAUUCUGAAAAUAAAGUGAACAGUUUAUAUUA